GGCACCUGCAGCGCGGACCUGUUCGACACGACCCGCACCGAGCGAUGCGGCGCCUGGGUCUACGAGCCGGGCCAGCGCAGCACCAUCCUGAACGAGUGGGACUUGACUUGCGACGACAACAAGUGGAAGCUCGCCCUGGUGGGCUCCAUCGGGUCCUUCGGCGGGAUGGUGGGCAUGCCCCUGGCGGGCUUCCUAUCGGACAGGUUCGGCCGGAAGACGCUGUUGAUGUGGUCGUGGGUCGUGGCCUCCGUGUCCGGCAUCGUCCAGUCCUUCUCGGUCAACUUCACCAUGUUCCUCUUCUUCGAGUUCCUGAACGCGUUCUGCAGCGGCGGGGUGUACCCGACGUGCUUCCUCUUGGCCCUGGAGUUCGUCGGGCCGCAGCAGCGGGUGCUCGUCACGACCCUGGUCGGCAUGUUCUACUCGAGCGGCAACGCCCUCAUGGGCGCGCUGGCCUGGGCGGUGCGGGACUGGCGGUGGCUUCUCAGAGCUGUCUACGGAGGCGGCCUCGUCUUCGCCAUCCCGCUCUGGUUCACCCCCGAGUCCGUGCGCUGGCUGGUGGCCGUCGGCCGCUUGGAGGAGGCGGACGCCGUCGUGGCCAGGGUGGCCGCCAUCAACAAGGUGACCGUCGAGGAGAGGCUGAGCGGCGUGCACGUCAAGACCAAGGAGUCGGCGGAGAGUAAGUCGGCGGAGAGCGACGGCACCUUGAAAACGAUCAUCAGCCUCUUCAAGUCCAGGACCCUCCUCCUGCGGUUCAUCACUUGUGCCCUCUGCUGGCUGGCCAGCUUCUUCGUGUACUACGGCCUGCUGCUCAACACGGUGACGCUCUCGGGCGACCAGUACCUCAACUUUGCGCUGUCGGGCCUGGUGGAGAUCCCGUCCAACCUGCUCUCGCUGUGGCUGCAGUACAACGCCGGCCGCCGCUGGUCCGUGGCCGGCACCCUGGUCGUGGCCGGGGUCUUCUGCCUCGCCAUCCAGGGCGUCCCUGCCGACCUGCAGUGGCUGGUGGUGGCGCUGUACAUACUCGGCAGGUUCACCGUCAUCAACUCGAUCAACCUGAUGUACGUCGUCACCGCCGAGAUGUUCCCCACCAACGUCCGCCAGUCCAUGCUGAACUACUGCAUGACGGUGGGCCGGAUCGGCAUCGUCCUGGCCCCGCAGACGCCCCUGCUGGCGACCGUGAGCGAGUCGCUGCCGCUGACGCUGUUCGGCGUCGUGUCGCUGUCCAGCGGGCUGCUCGCGCUGCUGUUCCCCGAGACCACGGGCCGGCCGCUGCCGGAGACGCUGGAGGAGGCCGAGAGCAUGGGCGCGGACCAGGGCUGCUGUGGGCCGUGCCGCCCGCCGACGUGAACAUUUUUGUCAUCACACUUCGUAGUUUUAACGUCAUGUCAUAUUUGUAUUAAACGAUUUAGAGCUGAAGAGAAAAAUAGAAAAACGUUGUCGAGA